UUUCUAUUGUCUUUUUUUCUCGUUUUUUCAAUAAAAAAAUUUUUUUUCUUUCAAAUUUUAGCAUCAUGCUUAAGCGUAAAGCCGAUACAGAGUUAGAAUGUCCUGUACUCGUCAAAAAUUUGCGUCGUUCAAUAUCAGAAUUUUUGGUAGAAAAUGAAGCUGCGAACGUGAAAAAUGAUGAUGGGAAUAUUGAAUUUUUGGAUUAUGGAGGUGAACGUUGGGAGAAAUAUCGCCAGAGACUUGCAACUUUUGAUCUCAAAAGUCGAAUUUUAUUGUCAAAGGAAGUAUCUCCAGUAGAAUGUGCUAGACAUGGUUGGAAAAAUAUUAGAGACGAUUUUCUUCAAUGUGAUGAUUGUGAAAAGAUUUUAUGCGUUAAAAUGCCUGUUGGUGAAGAUAUUACGAAUCGAGUAUUUAAUCGGUGUAUUUGGUAUAUUCAACGAAGACUUGUAGAAGCCCACACAGUUAUAUGUCCGUGGAGAACAAACGGUGGUCUUUCAAUUUCCAAUCCAUACGAUGUAAUUGAACGAUACAAAGUUUUGGCUGAGUCGAAUCUUCCAGAAGUUGAUUUUAUUAAAGCUUUUGAUGACGAGGAAAGUUUAAAAAAAUUUGGAAAUGUUAAUCAAUUUUUUCUUCAAAUGGCAAUUUUUGGAUGGUUACCUGCUGAAAAGUAUUUUUAUUUUUUUAAAUUAAUUAUAGGAUUAAGUUAA